AAGCAUUGUCAUUUCAGCCAAUCGAUAAGAGUUUUCGGAGUCUUCUUAUCUUUUGAAUAUACUAAAAUAACACUCUUAACUGUCCAAGAUUGACUCUACAUUAGAUAUAUAAUAAAAUCUCAAGUAACGGAAAUCCGAAUACAUUCUCCCGGGACAAGCACAGCGAAGGAGAUUAACGUUGAGCAACCGACCGAUAGGCAACAGAAUAGAUGGUUAUUGUUUUGAAAAUGACUUGAGUAUUCAAGGGAAAUUUACACCAUGUCACGCCGGGAAGACUCCAAGAGAGAGAGAAUCCGGGCAGAAGAAGAAGCCCUAAAUAAGCAGCUACAAGAUGCAGGCUUGUACGAGGAAGGGAUGGGCUUGGAAGAGAAGAGGACCAUGCUACAGUUGUUGGAGGAAUCUCGAGCCUCAGCCCAGCAAGAGGCAAAGGAGCGUGAACAGUGGAGGCAGCAAGAAGAACAGAUCUUAAAUGAAACUCUAAACAAGUCUUUUAAGGAUAAUUCUGAGGAGGAUCAGCAGAGUGCUAUUGGAUCCAGCAUACAAGACAAUGAAGAUAACUCACGGGACUCAGACGUGGUGGCCAUUCCAUCAGGCAGUGACAAGCAUGACGUUAGAAAUUCAGGUAAUACUUCAGAUUGUGGUUCAGUCACUCCCGAUCUGUCACCUCCCCGGCCAGGUUCACCAGAGCUCCUUGUACCCUCGCUUUCUCCCAGACAAGAACAAUGCCCUGUUAGGCCUACAACCAGCAAGGGCAAGUCUAGCAAUAUAACAGUGAAGGAAAAAACAAAGGGGAGCUCACAGAAUUCUGAUGAAGACUUGUUUUGCGAUUCACAGAGUUCUGACCAGUUUGUAAAUAGGAGGAAACACCAGGAAUGUGUUGUAACAGAGUCUGAAUCUCAUGCAAAAGUGGACUCUAAAGCUCCACUGAGCAGCCCAGGGAGAAGGAGGCAAGUGCAGCAGAAGCUGACUGUUGUGAGGACAGUGGAAAGGAGAACAUUCAUUGUAGAGGAAAAUAAUUCAGAGCCUUUAGAAGCUCAGAGGUCUAUAAGAAGAAGAUACAGUGUGGAGGAAGUGCCAUCUGAGAGUGAUAAAUCUGAGUCAAGAGUUAGCAGCUUCUCUCAGCCAUUGUUCUCUAGUGGUGAAGAUAACACAAGAAAGCAGAGACGUGUCUCUGAGGAUGAGGACGGUAUUCAGUUGCUUUCACCAGUCAUCGGACAGAGAUCAGUGUCCAGUAGAAGUGCAUCAUCAGGUGCCAAACAGAAUAACCAGACGUUACAAGAUGCAGAGGUGUCAAAUUCUGUUGAAGCUGAGCCCAUUCGUCAAAUAGAUGCUGUGAUGUUGGAGGACAGUGAUGAUGAUGACUUUGUGCUGCCAUCACCAAGUGUAUCUCAAAGCACCAGCUCCAACCAGAUUGAAAGGUUGUCUUCAACUCCUGUUGGUUGCAAGUCUCAGAAAAUCCAAGAAACUGAAAAGAGCAAGCCUCCAUCUCAGGAAAGACAUGCAAAUGAUAUCAGUGAUAAAGUGGAUCAUGGGAAGAACACAGAGGUUGACUGUUGCGUAGACAGUCAGUCACCAAGGCAUAACCUCAAGAAGACAGCAGAUGGUGCUGGCAAUCACAAUAUGGAAAUAUCUGAUAGUGAUGAUGAAGAUCACAGUUUCAAUUACCAAAAUGACAGGAAGAGAAAUGUGAAUGUUUUUUGUCCUCAAGAUAAUUCUGAUAUUCCACUAAAGAGAAGGCGGAAAAUGACAAUUGAAGAUCGUAAGGUAAUUUAUUUCAAAUCUAAUGAGGAAACCUUAGAUGACUGCUUCAAACGGAUUCUUGGCAUGAUUAGUCAAGAUAUGGAGAGACUGGAGCAAAACCAGUCAAGCCUUAGUUACAGGCUGAAGUGGAUGCCACCUGUGGUUGUAGAUAGACGAGUUAAGGACUCUCUUGAUCGCCCAGGUGCUCACAACAGGAGAAAAGCCGGAGGACCAGCAGCAGGAAGCAGUGAACGGGAAAUGCCACACAGGGCAACGCGGUACAUCACAAGAACAAUGGAAACUCAAGAAGAGGAAUCGCAGUACUCGGAGGACUCAUUGCCAGAUUUGUGCUCCCUGGAGGAACAGAACUUGGUCCCACAAAACAAAAGAAUACUCAAGAGAAGGAGCUUACACCUGGGCCUAAGUCAGAAGAGAGCAAAGCUUGCUAGUCUUCUUGAAAACAAGGAGAGUGAGAAUUCUGAAAAGGUAGCAUGUGACUCAGAGGAAGAGUUUGAAAAUGAUUCCAUAUUUCCUUUGAAAAAUACACAGAGAUCAAAUGAAAGGUUUCUUCAUCAAAAUAAGUCGAGCAAAACAUCUCAAGAAGUUUCAUCUUCUAAGUCUCUAGAAACGAGGAAUAAUGAAUGUGACAGUGAGGAAGGGAAUAUGUUUGUUGUCAGUCAGGCAUCAGAUGAGGAAUGCACUGUAAUGGAGAAACCAUCACCUUCAGAAGGACAGAGGCAAGAAAUUGAGCAGCCAAGUGUUUUACAUAAAACACCUAAAGGGUCAAAAGGUAGCUCUGAGGUCAGAAAUCUGAAACGACCUUCAAGGAAAACAUUCUUGUUAUGUACUCCUGAAGAUGCUGGGGUUAAUAGAGACUGUGACAGUGCAUCCUCUUCGACUGUGCAAGGACAGGCACAGAGUGAGAUUAGGGAACAGGUACCUUAUUCAGAUGAACCAUCAACUAGUGGCAUACAGCUGAUGUCAGAAGUAAAAACCCCCAUGAGGUCUCGUGAGAGAGGGAAAACAAAGCACACCUCUGUUAAUUCAAGCAAUAAGAGAAUGAAACCGCUAAACUUUGUCAGUUCAUCAAGAAAUGAUGACACAGUAAGUCAGCCAGACAAAGAUGUACAAGCAGGACCAAGCAGCAAUGUGGAUAUUUGUAUCUUGGAUGACAAUAAUCCAGCAACAACAACAAGCAGUCUGAGUUCAAGCAACCAGGCAGGCAGGUCAGGAACUGUAAGGCGAGAAAAAAGUGAGCAACCACAGAUACGGCCUGCACCUCUGAAGUUCAGGAAGACGAACUCAAGAGAGAAAGGUGCUGAAAAUGCUAGUAGGGGAGAAGAAGAAAAGGACACAGAACAGAUUACAUCAAGUAUUGCAUUACAGAGACAGGUGCCGAAUGGCCAAUUCUUGGAGGAUGCCCGAGAGGAAGAGGAGGAGGACAGCAAUAUGGUACCUUGUCCUCUGUGUGGAAAACAGUAUCCAAUGAAGCAGAUUGAGAUCCAUGCAUCAGAUUGUGUGGAGAAAAAUGACCUACAGCAGGAGCAGGUAGUUCCCUCAACUAGUAGACAGAGCAAAAGGAAGGUAAUAAAGCCCACACAGACAGCAGAAGACGAAGAAGACAUGGAAAUAGAAGAGGUGAUGGAAAUGAGAGCAGAGAGUCUCCCCACAGUCGUAGGAAGAGCAAGAACACCACCUGGGAAGGUGAGGUGCACAUACUGUAAGGUGGUCAUGAAGGAAGGGGAUGACUACCUCAUUCAUGUGCAAACCUGUAUAGAAAAACAGCAGAUCCAGGACUCCAUUAUGUCUCCUAGCAGUGCUAGUACACCAGCGGGCAAGAGUGGAUUUAAACGAGUGGGGGUUUCUCAGAGCCAGGGGUUGGGGGUUCCAAGUGCAAAAGCAAGAAGCCUGUUUGACCACUUAGAAGGUGGCUUGGUGUGUGUCCGAGGAGACAUCACAGCCCCAGAAUAUAGCAACAUCCAUACAGCCCUGGUUCAAAUUCUCAACUGUGUGGCUAUCAGGCCCCAUGGACUGUCAGAGGUCUUAGCAAAAAAAUAUCCCUAUAGUGAUUUGUAUAGCCGUCGGAGACAGGUUAAAAACUACAAUCGCUCUGUGGUGGAAGACAGACCCAAGCCAGGCACGAUUGGCAUAUGCCGUCCCAGAGCCCCCUCCCACGGACCCAUUGUUGUGGAUGUUUUUGGACAGUUCUACAUGGGGAAAGAGAGAAAUAGAAAUUUGAUGAACAAAAGACUGGCCAAGACUCUACAGGAUACAAACAAUAGUAGUGAAAGAGAUCCCCAGCUCCUGGAAGGCCUACUGGAGGACACGACAGACAACAGAAUCAAGUGGUUCAGGGAAGCCUUGGAGCAGCUGGCCGAGCAGGUCGUGAAGGAAGGCAUCAAACAUGUGGUUUUCCCUUUUUCCAUUGGCUGUGGUCUAGCAGGGGGAAACUGGGAGAGAAACUAUUUUCCUGCCAUUAAGAAUUUUGCUGAAAAAGUAAAGGCACUCAGUGUGAAGGUGACCAUUGUACAAAAGACAAAUGAGCAGAAGUCAGAUAAUGAUGUUGCUAUAAUUGGAACAGUGAAGAAAACCGUAGUUUCAGGUGGCAGUUCCAGAAGAGGAAGAGGGGCUGGUGGGAAAUAUUUUGGAAAAUAA